GUCCCGGCCACGCACCUGCUCAUCCUGGCCUAGGUCCUCGGCCGAGCCCCGCGAGCGCUCUCCAGGCGUAAUACAGUGUUCCCCAGACUGCACAUAGAGUUAUUUGCGAAUCUUUAAAAUACUGACUGCUGGCUCUCAGACCCAGACUUUCUGAUUCAAGUGCUGUAGAGUAUGACCAACUCCCCAGGUGAUUCUGAUGUGCAGCAAAUUUUGGGAACCAGUGUCCUAGUGUUUCCCAAACCUACCUGAACAUGAAGGACUCAUCUGAGGAAUUGUUUAAAGCUGGGUGUUUGUGUGGCAAAAGGGCUACCAGGAAAUGGACUCUGUGGUCAGCUCCGUUACUGCCAAAGCCAAGGGUGUGACCACGACCAACACUUCUAAACUUGGAUUCCGGAUCUGGGAUGUGGCUGAUUACGUGAUUCCAGCUCAGGAGGAAAACUCCCUCUUCAUCAUGACCAACAUGAUCGUCACCAUGAACCAGACCCAGGGCCUCUGUCCUGAGAUUCCAGAUAAGAGCACCGUGUGUGAAUCCGAUGCCGACUGUACUACUGGCUCUGCUGGCACCCACAGCAAUGGAGUUGCAACGGGAAGGUGCGUGCCAUUCAAUGAGACCAUGAACACAUGCGAGGUGGCAGCCUGGUGCCCGGUGGAGGAUGAUGCACAAGUGCCAACGCCUGCUUUUUUAAAGGCUGCAGAAAACUUCACUCUUUUGAUUAAGAACAACAUCUGGUAUCCCAAAUUUAAUUUCAGCAAGAGGAAUAUCCUUCCCAACAUCACCACUGCCUACCUCAAAACGUGCAUUUAUGACACUAAAACAGAUCCCUUCUGCCCCGUAUUCCAACUUGGCAAAAUAGUGGAGAACGCAGGGCACAGCUUCCAGGACAUGGCUGUCGAGGGAGGCAUCAUGGGCAUCCAGAUCAAGUGGGACUGCAACCUGGACAGAGCUGCCUCCCACUGCUUGCCCAGGUAUUCCUUCCGCCGCCUGGACACCCGGGACGUGGACCACAACGUGUCCCCAGGCUACAAUUUCAGGUUUGCCAAGUACUACAACGACCUGACCGGCGCCGAGCACCGCACGCUCAUCAAAGCCUACGGCAUCCGAUUCGACAUCGUCGUGUUUGGAAAGGCUGGGAAGUUUGACAUCAUCCCCACCAUGAUCAACAUUGGCUCCGGCUUGGCGCUCUUAGGGGUGACGACAGUGCUGUGUGACGUCAUAGUCCUCUACUGCAUGAAGAAAAGAUACUACUAUCGGGAGAAGAAAUAUAAAUAUGUGGAAGACUACGAGCAGGGUCUUGGCAGUGACAGGGACCAAUGAUGCCCACCCCACACCUGGGUUUUCCUCGGCCCUCAUCAGAGCACAGCAAGGAGGGAGAAAAGGCUGCCUGCCACGUCACCCCAGAGGACGUUCCAGAUUCGGAGUCCGUCUCCACAAGUACUGCAGGGUUGCCCAGCUGCUCCCAUGUCUUGUGUGUAGGGUUUGCAUAGUAAACCACUGUGCACAUUGGUCA